AUGGAUAAGGUAAUUCAUGAAUUUGUUCUUGAAGAAAGCAUUACAAAGCUUGGGGAGAGUAUAUACAUCGGAAGGAUUGAUGAACUGAAAGCUAUCAUUAUAUUACAGAGCCAAAACGUCUCUGCCCAUCUGCUCCACCAAAUAUUGCAUCUUCCUAAACAAAUAACACAAUCAAACGACAUUUACUAUUCAUAUAAGGUUUGCAUGCCAAUGGAAAUCCACUUCAGAGUUAUCUAUCCAGCUACUGAGGAGCAUCUCAACAAGUAUCGCUCUGUCAACAAACACAUCGUUGAGACAUACAACGAAUACCUGCAUUAUGUUGAAAAUAAUUCACACAUCAGCUCGAAUUGGAUGGCAAACCUUGUUAAUAAAAGCGGAGAAAAUAUGAACGAACGAGUGCUUUAUGAAGAUAGUGAAAUAAUGAUAGUUCCAGAUUACAAAUGGAACUUGGAAUCAAAAGCAACACUGCACAUCUUGGCAAUAUUCAAGGAUCAAAACCUUAGAACAAUAAGAGAUUUAAAUAGUCCAGACAUUCUGAUAAGAGCACACAAAAACAUACUAAACACACUAGCAACGUACUUUGGACUUGGUGAGCCUGAUGUGUUUCUGUUUUUUCAUUACAGGCCAACAUACUUCAGACUGCACUUGCACAUCAUAAAUAUUAACAUUAUUCAUAAAGGAAUUGCUUCCUCAGCAAUAUCAAUUCCAUUCCAUGAUGUCUUACACAACCUUCAGAACUAUCCAGAAUACUACAAAAGAGAUAUGCAUGUUAUAAAAAGAGAUAUUUAG